AUGGCGAACUGCGAGACUCACAACCUGCCAGUCCUGGAGCUUGAACCACAUCAGAUACGCGAAGCGCUGCGUUGCGUACUUCACACAAUUAUCUUUAACCGGGCGCUUGGAUACGUCAUUCCUACGGACGUGGACUCGGAGCUUUUCGACAUUACAUACGUCCAGUGCGGCGAGCCAGGGGUCGAGGCCAGGGUGGAAUCACGUAUCUCGGAUUUCUGCGCGCAGGUCGAGAAAAAACCCGCCGAGCUCCAUCAGCUGCAUCUUUCCUUUUACGAGACGCGUCGGAAGCAGGCCUGGUUUGGCACGCAGGACGAGCGACUCUACUGGGAGACAUGCGCCUUGGAGGAGCAGCUAGCCAUUGUGGUACGGCGUGUCAACGACCGACGGGACCACAUUCCCCCCGUGCUGUCCCCUUCGGCAGUCACCUUCCCCUUCGACAUCACAUUCUCCGGUUCAUCGACCCGUGGGUCACUCCAGGGUGGGCUACAGGCGGUGGGGAAGAUGCUCAUGAAGGCAACACCGCCGCCAGUGCUGGGGUGA